AUGGACCCAACAUUCAAGCCUCCUGAUGAUGGCAACGAGGUGGAGAGUGAUGGAAGUGGGAGCAAUGGGGAGGAUAGCCAUGAGGAGAUUGAGGUGGAAGGAGCGGCCUCUGCGUCGGUUCCCCAACAGGCACCUGUACCUCUGAGCCACGACUGGUGUUCAAAGAGUGGAGAUAAGUGGUCUUCAAACCCCGUGGCCCCUAGCAUUACGCCUAAUCCAAUCCCCAUGCCGGGCGUGACUCGACAUGCGCAGUCCAGGAUCCAAGAGGUGGAGGAUGCCUUCCUUUAUUUUCUGUCGGAGGAAAUCCUCAACAAAAUUGCUGGGUACACCAACCUGGAGGGUUGCCGGAGGUACCAGAACUGGCACCCGACCGACACAGUAGAGAUCAAGGCACUGGUUGGGGUGCAGCUGCUGGCUGGAGUCUUCAGGUCUCGGGGCGAGAGCAGCCAAAGCCUGUGGAGCGGACCCAACAAUAGGGCAAUUUUCAGCGCAGUGAUGUCUCUGAAGCGCUUCCAGCAGCUGCUGGGGGCCCUGCGCUUUGACGAUCGUGAGGACCGGGUGUCGAGAUUGAGAGGGGCCCUGGCAGGCGACCCAGACAAGUUUGCCCCGAUCCGGGAAAUAUGGGAAAUGUGGGUCCCCCGUCUCGCAUUCGGGUUCAAUCCGGGGGAGAGGGUCUGCGUGGAUGAACAGUUGGUGGCAAUCCGGGGGCGCUGUUCUUUUAGGCAGUACAUGCCGUCAAAACCAGCAAAGUACGGCCUCAAAAUGUGGGUUCUGUGUGAUGUCGAGACAUCCUAUGCCCUUUACAUCCAGCCCUACCUUGGAAAGGCUAGUCCCAGCGCUCGCCCGGAGAAAGAGCAGGGGAAGCGGGUGGUGCUCGAUUUGGUGGCAGGGCUUCCACGUGGUCACACUGUCACCACUGACAAUUUUUUCACCAGGGCGCUCGGGAAGGAGCUGCUUUCCCACGGGAUCCUGUUGUUGGGCACUCUUCGGCAACAUAAGCCAGAAAUCCCCAUGGAGCUAAAGAAGAUUCGACCCCAAAACAGCUCCCUUUUUGGGUUCAAUGACAUGGCUACAGUGGUCUCCUACAUCCCAAAGAAGGGGAAGAACAUAUUUCUCCUCUCGACCAAGCACCGGGAUGGAGCCACAGCCUUGACCCCCCCGUACAAACCGGCCAUCAUCACUGAUUAUAACAAGAGCAAAGGCGCUGUGGACACUCUGGAUCAGGUGCGCUCCAAAACAUUUAGGCUAUAUGCAUUAAUUUUUUUUACGCUACUUUCUAAAUAUUCUUCUUCCCUGUUGUAUUUUUUUGCAGCUGGUGGGAACCUACACCAGCCGUCGCAAGAGCAACAGGUGGCCCAUGGCGGUUUGGGGAAACAUCUUAGAUAUUUCCGCAUACAACGCCUUGGUGUUGUGGCUCGGCAUUGAUCCACGAUGGGGACAGGGGAAGCUCCAUCGGAGGCGGCUGUUUUUGGAGCAGUUGGGCACUGCCCUGGUAAGGGAGCAGAUAGCACGGCGGUCGAGGGUUCCCCGUGCUCCCAACUCCUCUGCUCUUGUGCUGAGCACCCAGGAGGCCGCCAGCCGACCAUCAAAGGCGAGGUGCUACAUGUGCCCUGUGAAGAAGAGGUUGCGUUGCAGCAAUCAGUGCAACAUCUGCAAGUCUACCACGUGCAUGGAGCACAGCGUCCGUGUGUGCUGCACCUGCAUCGAUAAUCUCCCACAGAUUUGA